AUGGACUUAGCAGCUUUCCAGGCAAAAAUCCAAGCAGAGAUCAGCUGCCCUGUCUGUCUGGGAUACCUGACAGACCCUGUCACCCUGGACUGUGGGCACAACUUUUGUGAAGCCUGCAUUCAGCAGCACUGGGAAGGGCUCCAGGAUGUCUCUACCUGUCCACUGUGCCUCCAUACCUGCCCUGACAGGCAUUUAAAGAGGAACAAUAUGUUAUGUCAAAUCAUUGAUAUUGUCAGGCGCCUUCCCCCUAGGAAGUAUAAGAGGAAAAGGGAGGAAGAGAUGGUCCUGUGUGAGAAACACAACCAAGAGCUGGUCCUGUUCUGUGAGGAGGACCUGAAUCUGCUGUGUGACCAGUGUAGCAUCUCUGAGCACCAGCAUCACACCCUGAAGCCUGCUGGACAUGCUGCUGCUCCUGAGAGGAAGAAGCUCCAAAGCUCCACAGACCUUCUGAAGAAACAGGUUGAUGAUGCAAAGAUGGGGCACCAAGCACUACUUGCAAAAUCCGUUGAUGUGAGGACAGACCUGGAGAACUGGAGGAGAGCCUUACAGCUGGAAGUUGAAGCAUCAGCAGAAAGGAAAACACUGACAAUUUCUCCCACUCUGUCCAUGCAACAGAAGGCUUUGGAAAGAAAACUGAGGGAAAACAAAAGUCAACUUUCAGAGCAUUUGUCCACACUGCGAAAUCUGCUCCAUCAAGCAACAGAGCAGAGUUCGCAGUCAGAGCAGGAUUUUCUAAAAAACUUUGGGGGCACUCACACCAACAAUGAACACCUGCGACCCCCAGCAGUCUCUUCACAGGCAGCAGGGAAAGUGAGUUGCUCUAUUCCUCCAAAUUACUUUGGCCUGAGCAAAAUAUUCAAUACAUUUCAGGUGGAUUUGAAUCUAGAUCUUGAAACUGCCUAUCCAACUCUCAUCAUCUCCUCAGACAGAAAGAGCGUGGCUUUUGGGAGAAUUCCUCCCUUCUGCCUAGCAGGCCCCUUGACAUUUACUUCUCACCCAGCUGUGCUCAGUUGUGAGGGCUUUGAUUCAGAUAUUUUUCUGCACAUUGGUGUUUUUCUGGACUCCUUCGUUAGUACAAUAGAUAUCACUCUUAAAGCCUCAAACAAUUAUGAAUCCAAAGUCAAGCAGCCUUGGGAUAGUUCUGAAGAGAAGCUGCAAUGUCUUCUGAGGCCAGCUUAUUCUCAGUUCCCACUAUCCCUCCCAAGGGCACCAGAUUGUGGAGACUCCAAUAUGAGCUACUUUCAUACUGGACAAUUUGCACAGGCCUGA